CUGCUGGUCUGGCUGACAGCUCCAUGAACGCGCUGAGGAAGUUUGGCUGAGGAGCUGUGCGCAGCAUGGGCACCGGGGAUUACAUCUGCGUGACGCUGCGCGGUGGUGCGCCCUGGGGAUUCACCCUGCGAGAGGGAGAGGGAGACACAUACAGACCUUUUAUUGUCUCACAGGUCGAGGACGAUGGUCGUGCCUUCCUGGCUGGAAUACAGGAAGGCGACGAGGUGGUCUCAGUCAACGGGGAGCCGUGUGCCGAUCUCACCCUUUUACAAGCGUUUGAUCUCAUUGACACAUCGAUCGACUGUCUGCAGCUGCUUCUCAAAAGAUAUCACUCCAUCUCCUCUGAAGACUAUGAAUCUGAAGGGACAUACAGUGAUGAGAGGGCCUCUGCUGGUGAGGCUUCAGAGAGCACCACCCUCCAUAUCUUCUCCCCAACGCACAGGUCUGAAAUCCCAAGAGAACUCUACAUAUCUGAGUCCCAGGAUGAGGCUUACUGUGUGGAGCUGGACAGUGAUAUUAAGGUCCCCGAAGGACCCCAGUUGCUUUGCACUGAGCUACAUAUUUCCUCGUCUGAUGAUCGAAGUGGCCAGGAGCCCAUUUUUAAGACAAAUGAGGACAAAGUGCAGCGAUGCUUCUCCUCAGGGGAAAUGGUGGAGCUCCAGGUGUCCAUGUCUUCGCAAACCUUGGAUGACGUGGGUUGCACCUCUCUUGGAAGCGCUCGUGGGUUUGAAGGGGAAGUCUCAAACAGAGAAGCUGUUGAGACCAUCAAUACCACCAUCACCGCAUCACACUAUGUGCCAUCUUCUGUCAGAGAGCCGCUCAGCCAGUAUGGAGUGGUCAGCUCACCCUCCAUGCAGGGGCAAGUGGAGGUCAUUUUUCAGCAGCAGCAGCAGCCGGCAGCAGCAUCCGGAGCAGGGAGGGGCAUCCUGAGCGUGGGUGGCCCCAGGGUCAGUGAAAGUGUUGGAUCCCAAAGUGAAGGAGAAGAAGGAGGCAGGGGGCACUGUGAGGGUGUCCCUGGGUCCUUUAGUGUCUCAUUUGAAAUUCCCCCAGAAGACGCAACAGCAGCAAACGAGCAGGACUCGGAUUCUGAGGGGGAUCAAGACAAACCAAACAAGCAUCGGGCAAGGCACGCCAGGCUCAGGCGUAGCGAGAGUCUGUCUGAGAAGCAGGUGAAGGAGGCCAAGUCCAAAUGUAAACGUAUUGCUCUCCUUCUUACGGCCGCUCCACCCAACCCCAAUAACAAGGGGGUUUUGAUGUUCAAGAAGCAUCGUCAGAGGGUCAAGAAAUACACACUUGUAAGCUACGGCACGGGAGAAGACGAGCCAAAGUCCAGCGACGAAGAGGACGAGGAUAACGGAGACGACAAGCAAGAAACUUCAACUGUUGAAUUUACCUUUGUGGCUCCUACUGAUUCUGAAAUAGACAAGCAUUUUUUCACUAAUGCCAACAGUAGCAAAGGAGUGCUAACUUUAAACUGGGACAAAGGUCUCCUCGAAAUUGAGAGGAACUUGAGAAACCAAACAGGGAUGGAGUGUUUGCCUGAAACCAAAGGAAAGGGUGCCCUCAUGUUUGCCCAGCGGCGUCAGAGAAUGGAUGAGAUUUCUGCUGAGCACGAUGAGCUUAGGCGCCAAGGGAUGCCCGUUGAAGGAGUGCAGGAGGUUGAAAAGAAGGUGAUGGAGCACUCCUACAUGCUGUCCACAACAGAGGGCCAUGCUUAUAUGGAUGUAAAUAUACACCAACAAAGCCAACAACAGUACCAGCAAUAUCAAGAACAACAGUACUAUGAGCAACAACAGAACUACCAACAGCAGCAACAAUACCAACAGCAACAACAAUACCAACAGCAACAACAAUACCAACAACAAUAUCAACAGCAGCAGCAGUAUGAACAAAGGCAUUAUCAGCAACAGCAAAUUUAUCAGCCACAGCAAGAAUAUCAUCAAGAGCAACAGCAAAUGCAGCACUAUUCAACAAACAUCAAUGGCACAGUGCAACAUCAAACCACUGAAAUGCAGAGUUCUUUCAGCAAUCGUACUGCAAAGCCAUUCACAGCAGAAAACAUGGUCGCUACUCCUUAUUCUCAUGCAAUGAGUGGGACCAAUCAAGAGUCUGUGGGUCAAGGAGAGCAGAUAGCAUCCCGUGAUGAGCGCAUUUCGACUCCCGCAAUUAGGACAGGCAUUUUGUUGGAUACAAGGAGAAAGACUACUGGCAAACCAAUGUUCACUUUUAAAGACGCCCCAAAAGUAUCACCUAACCCAGCAUUGCUGAAUCUUCUCAACAGGAGCGAUAAAAAGUUGGGUUUUGAGUCAGGACCUGAGGAAGACUACCUGAGCCUUGGGGCUGAGGCUUGUAAUUUUCUCCAAUCUCAGCGAGUUAAACACAAGACUCCUCCACCAGUUGCCCCAAAGCCUGUGAUCAACCCCAACUCUCCUCCUUGGUCUGCGCAGUUAGAAGCGACCAACCAGGACAUGCCUCAGUGUGCUGAAAAUAGUCUGUCCACACCUGCUGUAGCCCCCACCGCAGAGGCUACUCCUGCUCCAGAACUAGAGCCAACCCCUGCACCUGCCCCUGAGCCCUCUCCCCCUCCUGCCCAACAGGAGACUCCUGCCAGCACCGCCCCAGCAGAACAACAAGCAUGGACUCUUCCGGAGCCUGAAUCUCAGCAACAGCCUCUGCAAGUGGCAGCUCAGGAGGCAAAUGGCCAUAUGAAUUCUGCUCUGCAGUCUGAGUCUUCUCCCGUGACUUCCUGGGGUGCAGCACAAACACAAGCACAACAACAGCCACCUCCCAAUUCUUGGCAUCCAGCUCAGGUGCAUCCCCAGGCACCACCUCCAAGUGAGUCUCCACCACAGCCACCUUGGGUGACACAUCAGCCUCCUCAGAACCAAGUACAGCUUCAACCCCCAACAAAUUCUUGGAGCCCCCAAAUACAACCUACCUGGGCUCAACCUCAUGAGCAGCCACAGUCCCAGCAGCAGGUUCAGUCACCCUGGACACAUCCAAAUGAACAGGCCCACCUACAUCAAAUGCAGCCAGCCUGGGGUCAAGCUCAAGAACCAGUGCAGCCGCAGCCCCAGGUCCCAUGGACACAGCCAUCCCAAACAGACUCUCAACCUCAACCACCAUGGGUGCAACAACCCCAGAAACAAUCUCAAGCACAACCUCCUUGGGCUCAACAGGUUCAGCCAGAAUCCCAAUCACAACUGCCGUGGGCUCAGCAACCACAACCACAGCAUCAGGCUCCACAACAAACGUGGCAACAAGCCCAAGCACCAGGUCAUCCUCAACCGCCUUGGGCCUCAAUUCAGCCUCAAACGUCUCAGCAACCUUCAAUUAAUGCAUGGCCCCCAUCACAAACCCAAGCCCAAGCUCAGCCUCCUUGGAUGCAAGUAGCCCAACCACAACCUCAAGCACAGCCUCAAGCCAAUUUAAAUCCAUGGGCACCUGUACCUGCCCAGGCCCAAUCCCAACCUUCAUGGGCUCAGCAACCUCCAGAACAUGGUCAGCACCACAUGAACACUUGGGCCCAGGAGCAAAAUCAGGCCCAACAUCAGGCUCAACGUCAGGCUCAACACCAGGCCCAACAUCAGGCACCUUGGGCUCAGCCAGUUCUACCCCAGCCCUCACCACAGACAAAUUGGCAACAGCCCACUUCAAAAUCUCCACCAAUGAACACAUGGCCUCCAGCUCAAACACAGCCUCAGACACCUGUGAAUACUUGGACACCGCAGUCACAGCAAGCGCCUGUGAAUGUUUCAAUGUCAACAGUGAACACUCGACCCUCUCCAAAACUUUGGCUUCAACCACAAAGUGCCCCACAAAGCCGGACCCCUCCUUCUCCACCACAGCGAAUGCACUCUUUUACUAUUGGUCAAAGAGCUUCAUCACCCAUCAACCCAAUGGCCACUGUCUUAAACCCAUCUUCCCAAGGUUCAGCUUUUGAGAUGCCAGCUGUCAGAGGGAAAGGAGCUGAUAUGUUCGCCAAGAGGCAGUCUCGUAUGGAGAAGUUUGUUGUGGACUCUCAGACUGUGGAAGCAAACAAGGCAGUCCGGUCAACGUCACCAGCUGCUUCCUUACCGAAUGAGUGGAAAUAUACUCCCAAUGUACGUGCUCCACCCCCAAGGGCAUACAAUCCUAUUCAGUCUCCAUCUUAUCCCCCUGCAGCAACAAAGCAACCCCCUUCCAGUAGCCCAUCAACCAAAGCAAAGAAAAAAGACAAAGCAAAACCGGCCCCUGCCCCUAAACCUCUUAAUGUUAUAGAUGUCAUGAAGCAUCAACCCUAUCAGCUAAAUUCCUCACUCUUUAUCUUUGGCCCUGGAGCAGAGGCUGUCAAACCUGCUUCACCUAAGCCCAGCUGUUCACCUCCUAAUCCGCCUGUUGAUAACCAGCCAGUUACAUAUGAGCAAAUGGCUCCGGUUCAGCCAGCUGGACCAUUUGGGGCCCCAUACCCCCAGCAACCGUAUGGGAUGCCUAUGCAGCCUAUGAUGCAUGAUGGCCACUAUCAGCAACCCCAAGCUAAUAUUUAUCCUCCCCCUAAUCCUUAUCAGCAACCACCUGGUGGUCCAUACCAGCAAGCAUAUAACCAGCAAUAUCAACAACCUGCCCCACCUGCUUAUCAUCCCCAAGCCCCUCAGUCUCCAAACAAUCCCUACCAACAGGCAUUGCCGGCUGCUUACCAGCCAGCCAACAGCCCUCCCUAUCUGGCAACUCCUUCUGCACCUUACCAGCCACAGCCUGCCAGUAGCUGCAUUGCUCCUAGUUUUCCUGUGGCUGCUAGGGCUGAAUCUACAUCUGGUGGCAACACUGCAACUGCUCCUAAGCCUAAGUUUACAGCAAAAAAGAGCUCUGCUCAGGUGUGGAAGCCUACAGUAGCUGAUAAAGAGUGAUUCUCAUAGAAUCAUGACACGCCAAGUGUCUGCUUUAAACAAAGGGUUUAUGCUCUUGCAGUCCUCUGCCACAUGGAUGAUUUUUAGCACAUAAGUUGCUUUUGCAAUAUAUUCACCUGCUCUUGUUUUUGUCAUAGAACAGAGCUUGAUGGUUUGUAAGUUUUGAAAGCUAAGGCAUCCUGAACAAGUUAAGAGUAAGAAUAGGAUGUAAGUAUAUCUUAUCAGAUGAAAAGCAGUGAAAAUGAACAUUUUUAUAGAAAAUUGUGCAAAAAACACUAUAAAUUAAUGCAAUUUUAUGUGAAAGAUUGUAAAGUGGUGGCAAUAUAAGAAUGUAGGGGGGCAUAAAGCUCAGUGUGAAAUGAAAGAAAGAAAUGAGGGAAAAAACUAAUUGGAAGUAAUGGUAACAGACUGCGAGACAAGAAAGUUGAUUUCUGAAAAGAAGAAUAUGCUAAAUGUUGAUUAUAUUAGUUAACAAACAAAUACAAGUACACCAACUCUGUACAAUGAAGUUGAAUAAAGGAAACAUUAAAAGUAAAUAAAGGAAAACUAAAAAUAAAGGGGUAAGUGAGAAGGGUGGGGUCUGUGGGGUGUCAUGAUACCAAGCAGAAGGGUUAAAUUCACGAUGUCAGGGAUGUCAAGUGCAGAGAUUAUGUCACAACUCCAGAGUAUCAGGUCAUUUUUAGGACAUAAAAUAAAUUGUUUCUUGUGACAACAAGCACUGGCUUGCUUAAACAGAAAAUGUUUGAUUAGUGAACCAUUUUUUUUCCUUCUUCAGUGCCUUUUCCCAAUGUUUCCAUAGCUCCUACUGAAGUGGGUUGGUUUUAUUUUAAGCUUUUUUACCAGCUGUUGCAUCAUGUUAGGUACUAUAUUUAAACUGCCUCAUGAGAGGGAGUUGUGAGUUCCAGAGAGUAGGCUUCAAUUUCAGCUGAAGCCAAUGAAAGCUAUUUCAUUUCAGACCUUCAUAGUAUUUUUUUUUCUGAUAACAGAUACACACACACACAUAUAUAGAUAUAUAAUCACACACUCUCUUCUUGGUUCAUUCUUUUCCUGGUGUUGUUAUAUAUACAGUAUAUAUGAACAGAUAAUGAAUGAUAUAAAAAAGAAGAAUUGUUGAAAAGAUAAUCAGCCUAGUGAUGCUCACAAAUAUAUUUUUGUUACAGGGCUGUUUUUGUCCUUCAUGCUCUUUUCUCUUUUCCUUUUUCUUUGUGUGUUUCUCUUCAUAGUGCACUUUCUGUAUGAUUCACUGCAGUGCCAUUAAACUGUCUUUUAUCCUUG